AUGGAAGUUACUUCGACAAUAACUAAAACAUUUAAAAAAUUUACAAUACCUCGAAGUACAUCAUCAAUGGGUUCAUUUACAACAGCCAAUGGUACAGCUACUAAUCUUGAACAAAAAUUUGAAGAAUUAACAACAAAUCAAUUAACACAAGUUCCACCAUAUAAUGGUCAUUCAUCUUCAAAUCAUAAACAUCCACCAUUAUCUUAUGUUCAACAUAUGCGACCAGUUCAACAUCUUUCACAACAAAAUCUAUCUUUAUCGGAACAACAACAGCAGCAGCAACAACAACAACCAAAACAUCAUAUGUCUGCUCGACCAUUAAGUGGAGAUAUUUCUUCAUUUAUGGUACGUUCAGCAUCGACAGAUUUUCAUCCAUCAAAUGAAUAUAUAUCAAACGAAAACCAAACAAAUAUAUCGACACAAAAAAAUUCGUUUUAUAAAUCAUCAAUUCAACGUGAUAUGAGUUAUGAUAAUAUAAAAGGUUUAACAUUUGAUGAACCAAUAAAGACAAAAUCCGAACAAAAUCCUUCUAAUCGUCAAUCAAUAAAAUCUUUAUUAACGAAAAAAUUUUAUCCCUCAACAACAACAACAAAUAUAAAUAAUGAAACAAUCAAUCAGCCAAUAAAAAUAGAAAUUAAACAGAAAAAACGUCGAACAUCGUUUCGUAAUCUUUCUCAAUUUCUUAAACGUAGUCAUAGUACGAGUACAGAUUUAUCAACGAUUGCAUCAAAUCAUACAUCUACUAAUAAUGAUCAACAACAACAACAACAACAGCAGCAACAACAAAAUAAACUAACGGCUGAUCUUAUUUAUCAACGUUUACAUUCAAAACAAAUGGAUGAUACUGAUUCAUCAUUUAUAACACGUUCAAAUACGAGUAUUAUGUGUAAUGGAAGUGGUCAUGCAUUAGUACCAAUAUCUGAAGAAGAAAAUCCUUUACCAACAAAACAAAUAAAUCGAUUAAGAACGACUAAUAUUGAUGAUGAUGAUUAUUAUUAUGAUAAUACUACUCGAUCAGAUAGUGGAGUGUUAACACACCAACAAACACAGAGAAUUGCACCUAGUCUUAGUUUGUCUUCAUCAUCAUCAUUUAUCUCAGCUCAUACAUCAUCUCCAUCGGGUAUUUCAUCAACGUCGAAUAAGAAUCGAAAUCUUAUUAUAAAUAGUAAUCAAUAUCAACAGCGAGAUGAUCCUAUAAAACCGUCCCAAUCAUCAUCCUCAGUCACAUCUAAUAUAGGCACAGCAUUAUCUGUUCUUGCUAAUAAUACGACUAAUAAACAUUAUUUGACAAAUUCAAUUAGUCUACAUGGUGAUGUUCAUAGUUUAUCAAAUGCUCAAAAAAAUGAUCAUCAUCUAUCAACAUCAGCGAUUAAUGAGGUUGAUUUAUCAUCUUCGUCAACAAAUAGCAAAGAUCGAACUGCUAUUCCACCAACAAUGUCAUUAACAUUUGAUAAUUCAACAAAACAAAUUCCAACACCUAAUGUUGAAUAUUCCACUCAGCAAACAACAAAAGUUAAAUUGCGUGAACAUAGUUCAAAAAAGAGAAAAACCUUACGUGAUCUUAAAUCACGUAUAUCAUUACCACCAGAAUUAAAACAAAGUUUUUCAUUUACAAAACUAAGUUCAUCGUCAAAUAAUAAUAAUCAUAACAAUAAUAAUAAUAAUCAAGCACCAGGUGUAGAUGUAAUAAAUAAAUUAAAAUUAAGUAAACAACUACAACAACACCCACAACGUUCAUCGUAUUAUCAAACAAAUUCUUUAUCAACACAAGCACUUAAUAAUAUUCUACAUCAAUCUAAUUCAUCUUUAUUACGUCUUUCACCGUCACAAUUAAAUACAAGUAUAAAUGGACAAUUAAGUCGUAAUGAACAACGUCUAUCUAUGCUUGAUCUUGGUUUUGGAAAAAUUGAAUCUUAUGUUAAAUUAGAAAAAUUAGGCGAAGGUACUUAUGCGACAGUCUAUAAAGGAAAAUCUCAUUUAUUAAAUGGUUAUAUUGCAUUAAAAGAAAUUCGACUUGAACAAGAAGAAGGUGCACCAUGUACGGCAUUACGUGAAGUGAGCUUAUUAAAAGGUCUUAAGCAUACUAAUAUUGUUAGUUUACAUGACAUUAUAUUUAAUCAAACGACAUUAACACUUGUAUUUGAAUAUGUUGAAAAAGAUUUAAAACAAUAUAUGGAUGAUUGUGCAAAUAUACUUAAUAUAAAGAAUGUUCGUCUGUUUUUAUUUCAACUUUUACGUGGUUUAGAUUAUUGCCAUUCGAAAAAAAUUCUUCAUCGUGAUCUUAAACCACAAAAUUUAUUAAUUAAUGAACGCGGUGAAUUAAAAUUAGCUGAUUUUGGUCUAGCACGUAUCAAAUCAUUUCCAACUAAAACAUAUUCACAUGAAGUUGUUACAUUAUGGUAUCGACCACCAGAUGUUUUACUUGGUAGUACUGAAUAUUCGACGCCAAUUGAUGUAUGGGCUGUUGGUUGUAUUUUUUAUGAAAUGGCAUGUGGUCGACCAUUAUUUGCUGGUACAAAAGUUGAUGAAGAAUUAUAUUUAAUAUUUAAAUGUCUUGGUACACCAACAGAACAAACACUACCCGGUGUAACAACAAAUCCCGAUUUUCAAGCAUUAAGAUUGCCUCAUUAUCAUGGUGAAUCAUUACAUCAUUUAGCUCCACGUCUUGAUCAAGUUGGAAUUGAUUUAUUAGAAAGAUUUUUACGUUAUAACCCACAUGCUCGAAUAUCUGCACAUGAUGCAAUGAUGCAUAAAUUCUUUUCUUGUUAUCCACCUUCUAUAUAUACAUUAGGACCAUUACAAUCAGUACUUGAUUUAAAUGAAAUAGCAUUAACAAAAGAUCAUGGUUCAAAGCUCAUAUCGGCAUCGCUCAUGAAAACCGCCAUUUCAAAACGAUCGAGUGUUCAUCUGUGA